AUGUUGAAGCCACUGGUGCUGCGGCGGGACUUCUCCCUCUUCACUCGAGUCCCGUAUUCGCGCUUAAUCAAUUCGGCUGCACACAAUGGCCAUGAGAGCAUAAUCAUACACCGAGUGCGUAUACGGCAGCCUUUCUUCCGCAGGUCACGCCUAGUCGGUACUUUCAUUUUCGCCACUGCAACAUUCGCGAUUGUCCAAUCUCUCGGUGUCAAAGUCGAAGUUGAAAUAAAAGAGAUCGAAGCCAAGGACAAGAAGCCAUCGCCGUCCGCCAGUCCCGAAGAAGAUGGGUGGACGACAGUUGGGCAAGAAGUAGAUGAGGACGAGGACGAGGAAGAGGAAGAGGAAGAGGAAGAAGCACUACUAUUUCUACCCACUGGUUUCUCGCGACCGCAAAAGAAGACCUUCUACAAGGGCACCGAUCCAGAGUGGCAGGAAUUUAGAAAGUUGGCAACAGAUCGCCCGAGGCUUGAGAAGAUACGCGGAGACCUUGUCAGUACACUACGCGGCACAUUGGCCAAGAAUCCGAACUGGAUCCUGAAACUAGGCAAAGUCGACACCAGCAAAGGCAAAACAUGGCUCGAGUUCAAGUUCCCAGACGGCCCGCCCGUCGAGUACGAGCGACCUGGCAUAGAGCUGACUGAGAAUCUUGAAUGGCGAAAAGCGACACGCCCGGUCAACUUCAGCCAUCACGAUCGCUUAAAGAGACUCAUGUACCCCAAGGAAGUUGCGGAUGCUCUGUACAACGACACGACGAACAAGGUCAAAGGUCUAUGGAAAGGCUUUCAAGUCUACAUGGGUUGGCACCAAGAGUCAAAAUCAGACACUGUCCAGCAACUAGUCCAGCGGAUAGCAGCCAAUCCACAGUCUUCCGCCAGCCAACCUACAACUACAACGCCAGACCCGGCCUCUGCAUCAUCAACAGAUAGUCAACAACCCAGCAUAACCACUUCUUCCGCACCCAUUGACGGCCCACCAAAAGACCUGGGUUUCGUUCUGCCAGAACCCAAAAAAUUGACCCUCGAUCUCUCCCGGUUUCGAGCCGAAUUCCAAAGAGCCUUCAAACCCUCCCCACCACCGCUCCCGCGUGGCGUCUUCUACAUUAUCGGUCUUGUCGAAGUCUAUGGAGCUCGUGCGAGGUCUACUUUCUCUGUGAUUGCCAUCUACGAUCCCAAGCAAGCGCCCCAGGGGGUAGCGCCGACCAAGAACUUUUGA